UUUUGGUUUAGUUAGAAUUUUCACUUUCGCCGCCAAAGCGUUGUAAAAUUCAAUUUAUUUGGUUUGUGUAGUGUGUAUAAUUGUACCUAAUUAAAACUACCGCACCAAGCAAUAAAGAACUUAGACAAACGCUUUGUUUCUCCCUGUGAAGUUAUGAAAAAUGGAGAUAAAUAGUCCCCAUAAAAAGCGCGCAAAGUUACAGAAUGAAGAUAAGAAGAGGGCCAAUGAAAAUGAAUCUAGCCAUUCCAAACGUAUUAAACCUGAUGAUGCAGAAAUAGAUGAAGAUUCUCAUCGGAAGAAAAUACUGGCCAUGAAGAAAAAGAACUUUAUAACCACUUGCAAACAAGUAUCCUCUCAGGCUUACUUUGACCACAAGGCGCGAUUCCAAUUAGUUUACACCCCAAGUUGUAUGAAGGGAACAGCAUGCAAACACCAUCUAAUGCCAGCAAAACCAAUUCCUGGGUAUGCUGAAGAGUCAUUCAAAAUAGAAGUGAAGACCAACAUGUGGUGCGAGGCUCUGGAGGUAUGUCGGCUCUGCAUCACCCCGCACCAGUAUCUCACAGCCAAUGUGUUGAAAGAUGUUGUGGAAAUUAUUCUGAAUGCCCAUGAGGACCCUGACAUGAACUACUCUGUGCCAAGUCUAAUAGAAGAAUGUCAGCAAAUACUGUCUCAAAACUUCAGUUCACACCCACCAUGCCUUUCUAAAGGCAUCAGAAAGUGCUACAUCACUUUCCUCACAUCACCUAUGGAGUUAAAAGAAAACACAUUUACCAAUAGAACAGAGUUUGGCUGUGAUAAAGGCUUAGUUAAAUAUUGUUGGAACCGGCUAGAAUAUGAAGUUAGUUCUUUUAGCAAGGAUGGGCCUUUGUUGGACCGAUGUGAGAACACACCCUCUGAAAUGGUGAAGAGUGUGAAGGGUCUUCACUGGCAGAAGGAGAAGUUUGAGAUAUAUGAGCUGUUGGACAGAACAGCAAGGAUCGGCCGGCUGAUGGCUGUCUUGGAGAGUGUGGUAGAGCUGCUACAGUUUGACUUGGCUAUUUGGCAUUCCAGAUAUACCAACAACCAAGGCCGCCACAUAAUGAGAUCCCACAAGCCUCUCCUGGCAUUUAUCUUGUGGUCUGACAAUGUCCUGUACACUGGAGCUUGCAACAAUAAUUGUCGGCAGAUACUGAAGUUAUUUGUACUCUUUGUCCAUUUGGGGUACCCAAAGUGUUAUGUGGAUCUUAUGCUUACUUGGCUGAAAUUGAUUGUUCAAGUUUUCUACAUCUGUGAGAGCAACUCAAACAGUGACUUUCCAAAUACAGGAAAAUAUUGCAUAAAAUUUGCCAGAGAGUUCUACAAGAUUAUUGCAGAUCUUCCCAAUGAAAGUGUAACCAAAGUACUAGAAGCAAUACAACCUACCUUUAUGACAUACCUAGUUGGGAUUCUUCACCUGAAGUCAAUACUAUCGACCAAAGAGGAUGAGAUUUUAAAAAUUAUGAUUGAUUUUGUAAAGAAAUCUGCAUGGACGGAUUUACCAGAUAGCGAUCCUAAAACGAAAAUUGGAGUUAUUAAUCCUGUAAGAGCCCAACCAGUCCGGAGAAAAUUAAGAUUCUUGAUUAAAAAGAUUAAGAAAACUGUAAAAAGUACACCAUGUAAUGAUGAUAAAAUGUGUUUCCCUAAGCAUGAAGAGGGUAAGGGAAAUUGUCAACAUCUGAAUGAUCAAAUGCAUGUUGUUCAGACAUUGUAUAUAACAUUGCAAGCUUUUCUUGAUGCAUACUGUGUUGAGGAUUUCCAAGAAAAGCUGGAAACUCUAAAUGAUAAAGUAGAUCAAAAUGAAAACCUGAGCUUGGAUGAUGGUGACCUAUCAAAUGACAGUUCCUACAAUGUAUCAGAAGGAUUUAUCAAGAAGUACAGGUCUAUUUACCAAAUGCUACAAGAGUUAGCAAUGUUGUUACACAGUUUGAAAAGUAAGAAUCAAAUGCCAGACAUUUUAAAAGUGUUUAGUAAUGUUCCUUUGCUAGGAUUGUGACGAAGCUAAUUUCCUAUAAGAAGUUGUUGAAUUAGAUAAGAUAAGACUAUUGUGUUAUUUUUUAUUCUGAUUAUAAAAAUAUUUUGCUAUUCA